AUGGCUAUCAGCGGUGUCCUUGUAAACGUACACAACCCUGCCCUCGUGUUGACGAUGACCAAAGACGGCAAGGUCGAAGGUCAGAGUCUGAACCAUACCGGCCGUGACAAUCAGCUGUGGUUCGCGCAGUUCAGAUAUGUCAAAGAAACAGACGCGUAUGUGUGGUCGGUCCUGAACAAGGGUACUGGAAAGUACUUGUCGUGGAACUCGAGCAUGCAAGUCCUCAUGAGCGACACUCAACACUGGUGGAAAUUGGCCAUCGUAGGCGAGAAUAUCGGAUUCCAAGUCCCCCAUGCGUCCAAGGACGAUGAAAGCUACUACACUUUGGAGCUUGAAGACAAUGCAUCGGUGACGUGGCCCGUUGACCGUGGUAUCGUCACCCUCAAGAACCAGACGGGGACUGUCAUCAGCAGGCAGCUGUGGACUCCCGUGGAUAAAUGA